AUGGUUAAACUGUGUGUAGUUUUGGUGAUGGUAGCCAUCGCGCUACCUCAAAGCGCCUAUUCGAAACAACUCGUUUGUACCAUGGAGCCGAACCGAAGCUGCAGCUUGGUCGGCGCAAAAGUGUCCACGGACGAGAUCGCGUCAACCGGGUUCACCAGUCCCAACCCAUCCACCCUCGCCAGGGUACAGUUCUCGCGCUCCACACUAGCAGCAAUUCCACCGGCCAUGUUCCAAACCUUCACCAAGCUGGAAACACUCAACGCAACCGCCAGUGACAUUAAGCAGGUGCAGCCGAACAACUUCGCUGGUGCGAAAUCACUGCAGUCGCUGUUCCUGGACGGCAACAAGAUCCAUGAUUUACCGCGCGAAGCAUUUUUCGGUGCCAAUCGGCUUCAGCUACUAGACCUUUCGAACAAUGCGAUCACCACGAUCGAUGGCACUGCGUUCAAGCGGUUGCGCGACCUGAAGACGUUGCUGCUGGGUGGCAACAAAAUCACCGAGCUGGAUGCUAACGUGUUCGAUGAUUUAUCCGAGCUGGAAAAUUUGGAACUGCAACAGAAUGCGCUGCCAUCAAUCCGUGAUGCAGUUUUCAGUGGCUGUCCUUCGCUGACGACACUGAACGUAUCACGCAACGCACUGAAAACGUUCAAUUUGGCCCAGUUCGAGCGCCGUUGGAAUUUCGAUUUGAUCGAUGCCAGUUACAACCAUCUCGGGUCGGUGAGAAUCCCACCGAACCUGCGCCAACUGGUCGCAAUCGGAAAUGGAAUCCGCACGGUGGAAAGCACUGCCAUAAAUGGGUCGGAGCUGAUACUUCUCAAGCUGCCGCACAACAAGCUAACGAGCAUGGACGAUCUGCCCGUUUUCAACAAGCUGAUCAGUCUCGAUCUGUCGUUCAACAGGAUCCGUGAGUUUGAUUUCCGUUCGGUCGCACGGUUCGAGAAGCUGGUACUGCUCAAGCUGGAUGGCAACCAGCUGGGAUCGAUCAGCAAUGGCUUGACGGAACCGAUCACACACCUCAAGUACGUCCAUCUGGCCGACAAUCAAUUCGUCCAUCUCGAUCUGGACGUGCUGCGGACGGUACCGCGCGUUCUUAAGCUGGACCUGCGUCGGAACAUGCUGGAACGGAUCACGGUGACGGAUUUGUCCGGCUCGUUCCCGGUGAUGGUGCGCAUGAUGCUGGAGGGCAAUCGGUUCGGGUGCGAGGAUAGCCAGCCAUUGCUGAAGCAACUGAAAGGAUCUAUUACGGCGUACGCCAUGACGCGCGCUGAUUGUCGCAAGGAUCAGAAUCUUAUCGAUGGAAUCUGUUGCUCGUAG